GCUUCACUUUUCUACAAUCACUCUCCCCAAGACGACUUCACAAAUUUGGGCUUUCCAUUUCUCACUUCGGCAAAGCUGGAUAGGCACAGAGGAGACCGCUAUGGCCCCGACCAAGAUUCCCACCCUUAUCGUUACUCUGCACCUCCUUCUCGCUUCAGCGACUCCCCCGUGAACCACCACGACAGUCGCCGAAGUCCCAAUAAGUUCAGCGGCGGCGUUGGUCACCGUCGGCCUUUCGACAGCCCACCGCGCUACUCUACUCCCGGUGGAGCUGCUGAUUUUCGUCCAAUGGGAGGAACUGCCGGGGGAUUCCGUCCAAUUCCCGGUACUGGCGGUGGUUUUGGGUCCAAUUUCCAGCCGCCACCUGUUGCAGGGCAGAAACGGGGGUAUCCUUUCUCCGGCCGUGGAAGUUCUCCAGAUCAUCAGGACGGAAGCAGUUUUGCCAAGCUGUUUGUUGGAUCUGUUCCAAGGACAAUUACAGAAGAAGAUAUUCGCCCAUUGUUUGAAGAACAUGGAAAUGUAAUUGAAGUAGCUUUGAUAAAGGAUAAGAGAACAGGUCAGCAACAAGGGUGUUGUUUUGUAAAAUAUACAACCUCAGAAGAAGCUGAUAGAGCAAUUAGGAAUUUGCACAAUCAACAUACCCUUCCUGGGGGAUCAGGCCCGAUUCAAGUUAGAUAUGCGGAUGGAGAGCGAGAGCGCCUUGGUGCAGUUGAGUACAAAUUGUUUGUUGGUUCCCUAAAUAAACAAGCCUCAGAAAAAGAAGUCAAGGAAAUCUUUUCUCAAUAUGGAGUAGUUGAAGAUGUUUACCUUAUGCGGGAUGAAAUGAGGCAAAGUCGUGGAUGUGGAUUCGUGAAGUACUCUCAUAGGGAUAUGGCACUGGCAGCUAUAAAUGCACUUAAUGGAAUCUAUACAAUGAGAGGUUGUGAUCAGCCAUUAAGUGUUCGCUUUGCUGACCCGAAGAAGCCUAGAUCUGGAGAUUCAAGGUUUGAUAUGAUGGGCACUCCUGCAUUCGGAGGUCCAGGUUUUGGUUCUCGUCUUCAAGCACCUGGGCCAAGACCAAUGCCUAAUUUUGGUGAAUUUAUGGGUGAUCGAAUUCCAAUUGAUGUACGAGGUUUUAGGCCACCUGUUGAUGCUGGUGUUCAUACCUUUGGGGGUCAAUUGCCUCCUAGGUCCAGUGAAAUGGGAUUGCCUUUGAAUUUGAGUGGUCCUGCUAGUAGGUUUAGAGGUCCCACCCAAGGGAUAGUCAAUCCUGGAUCCUCAACUUCUCCACUGAAUUUUAUUCAGUCAUCAGCAAGUCAACAUCCACCACUGGGCCUGCAAACGUCACCAGUGCUAAAGGCUGUUCAGUCACCGAAACAAUUGCCACCUCCGAGUCAAUUGCACUCUCAUGCUCCGACCUCCUAUUCUCAGACACAUACAUCUCCAGCAUCAGUACAGCGGCAUAGUCAACCGCCGAAUUUUAAUUCUUCUAGUCAAAUGCCCUUUAGUCGGCCUGCACCUUCACAAGAGUCACCUGGCUUAGGUUCACAGUUGGCCGUAUCUCAAGCUAUGAUCCAGCAGAGUGCCUCAUCUGCUGCAGCCACACAGACUCCUCUGACUAUGAACUUACAAUCCCAUGCUACUGCUCCUAACCAACAGCAGCUUCAGCCACGUCAGAGCUCACCUUCUCGGUUGGCUCACAUGCUGUCACAGCAAAAACAAACCCUGGAGGCUAGUUUUCAGUCUUCCCAGCAGGCAUUCUCUCAGAUACAGCAGCAGUUGCAGCUGAUACAACCAUCAAGUCAAAGUUCAACAUUGCAGCCAAGUUCCCAGACUAUUAAGCAGCAGUCUCACUGGGCGGGGGUUGUGCCACAUACAGCUUCCAGUGCCACUUCUGCAACUUCAGAUACACGUUCAUCUAUGGGCCCUCUUGUAGCUAUAAAUACCCAACUUGUAGCUCCUCUAAAAUGCAAUUGGACAGAGCACACUUCUCCUGAUGGUUACAAAUACUAUUACAACAGUGUAACCGGUGAGAGUAAGUGGGAGAAGCCUGAAGAGCUUUCGGUGAUUGAGCAUCAACCAAAGCCACCAGUACUGCAGCCCCAUAACCAGCCACAUCCUCAACUACUAUCUGCCCAGCAACUCUUUCAAACUCCGCAAGCCCAGCUUCAAGCUCAGUUCCAGACACGGAUGCCCCACCCUCAGCCGCUACAGCAACCUUCAUUCCAUUCACAGGAAGGUGCUUAUACACAAUUGCAGACAGUUAAUAGCUCAGUAAAUGAUCCUACUCGCUUCCACCAGGGACCUCAGGCGAAUCAAGAGUGGGCAUGGAAAAAUAAAUAAUCAGCAGGUUGGUUUUCUAACUCCAUUUGUGGUAUAUAUUUGGCUUGUAAGAGUUUAACUCCACCGAGAUUGGGAUUAGGGCGAGCAGAGUGAUACGUAGAUGUGUUAAAAAAAUAUUAAUUAAGACGGUCAGACAUUCUGUUAUCCAAUUAAUUAGGUUUGGAAACUAUAUUCUUAAGCUCAAUUGUAUAUCAGAAAAUACAAAUGAAAGCGUCAUAGACUCCUAUACCAUCUAAUUAAUGGAAUGUAUGAAUGGGCUUAAUUAUAUAAUUGAAAAGCCAUGAAAUAAGGAAGCGUCAUGGAUAUGCAUACUGUUAGACUAAUGUUGAGAUGUUCUUUACUUAAGAAAUAAUGAAUUGGGUUGUUUUUAGAUUUCCUUGGAGGUAUUAUGAAUCACAUAAGCUCCUUUACUAUGGUAGAACUAUUUGGUCUUCAGCUGGUGCAUCUGCUAUUUAAGUUUUGAAAUGAAGAAACUAGUCCCCCUCUGCCUUGAAGCUCUGAGGCAGAGAGCAGCUUUGUAAGGUGCAGAAACCACUGAUGGGAUGAGCAACGUUUCAAUGGCGUUUGUGUUGGCCGCAAAUUCUCUCAACGCGUGGCCUUGUACGAUCUAUACGUUGGCUUAGUUAAUAACAUACCGAUAUCGUUGUAUCAUAUUGCUAAGAUCUCUGUAUUCCUCAUAAACGUGUAUGUACUUAUAAAUUAAUCUCUCAGCAUGUACUGUCUGUUCUUUUGUUUUGUUACAUCUUAAAAACUGGAGUGGAAGAGGAUCCGUGUACCUUCUUUUGUAGCUAUGAUUCAUUCACUUGAAAUACUAGUUGACAAUA